AUGGCCGCCGUUCAGGAACUCGCUGAGCGGGUCAAGGGCAGCGGCGACAUCUGCUACGUCGACACGGACGUCGGCGUCGACGAGCCCACAGCUGACGGCACCGAGGCCAAGCCCUUCAAGACGCUGCCAUUUGCCGCGAUCCAAAAGAUUGACAGCCCCUCGACGCAGUUCCUCUCGCGCGCUUCCGUCACGGGCGCCCUGGCCGACGGCGAGGACCCUGCCGCGCGUUUGAUCUGGAAAGAGCCCGCCAAGAGCGCGGUCAAGAACGCGGCGCGCGUGCUCGACAUUCACAAGAAGAAGCUUGUCAAGCAGCAGGCCGCUCAGGCCGCCGAGGAUGCCAAAAAGAAGGCGCGCCUCGACAACCUUGAGGCCGCCAAGAAGAUUGUCCUAACGCAGGAUGCCACACUGCUCGCGGCCGUCAAGAUGGGCAUCGCCGACAAGGACGUGGAGCUUGGCGACGGCGCCGGCAAGCAGGGCGCGCGCGUCAAGGUUUCGGGCCGCAUCCACCGCCUGCGCGCCCAAAAGCAGGCCACCUUCAUCACGCUCAUCGACGGCUACGGCCACCUGCAGUGUGUGCUGCAGGCGGGCGACCUGACCAAGACGUACGACGCGCUCACGUUUGCGCAGGGCACGUCGCUGACGCUGUACGGCGAGAUGCGGCGGGUACCCGAGGGCCAGCAGGCGCCCGACGGGCGCGAGCUGCACGUCGACUACUACGAGGUCAUUGGCGCUUCGCCGGGCGACGACGAGGCCAUCACCAACAAGGUCUCGGUCUCGCAGAACCAGUGGGACCAGGGCAUGCUCGACAACCGCCACCUGGUGCUGCGCGGCGACACGGCCGCCGCGCUCAUGAAGCUGCGCUCGCAGGUCGAGUGGGCCUUUAUCAAGACGUACAACGACAUGAAGUUUGUCAAGGUCUCGCCGCCCGCGCUGGUGCAGACGCAGGUCGAGGGCGGCGCCACGCUCUUCAAGGUGCCCUACUACGACGAGGAGGCCUACCUCACCCAGUCCUCGCAGCUCUACCUCGAGACGGUCCUGCCCAGCCUCGGCAACGUCUACUGCAUCGAAAAGUCGUUUCGCGCCGAAAAGUCGCUGACGCGCCGCCACCUGUCCGAGUACAGCCACGUCGAGGCGGAGCUCGACUUUGUCACCUUUGAGGACCUCUUGGAGCACCUUGAGGAGCUCAUGUGCCGCGUCAUUGACAGCGUCCUCGACGACCCCGCGACGGCCGCCUUUGUCAAGGAGCUCAACCCGACGUUUGCCCGCCCCGAGCGCCCGUUUAUGCGCAUGCGCUACAGCGACGCCAUCGACUGGCUCAACGCCCAGGACCCUCCCAUCCUCAACGAGGAGGACAAGCCGCACGUCUUUGGCGACGACAUUGCCGAGGCGGCGGAGCGCAAGAUGACGGAUGCCAUUAACCGCCCCAUCUUCCUCACCCACUUCCCCGCCGAGAUCAAGGCCUUUUACAUGAAGAAGGACCCCCAGGACAGGCGCGUCACCGAGAGCGUCGACUGUCUGAUGCCCGGUGUCGGCGAGAUUGUUGGCGGCUCCAUGAGAAUGGAGGACCUCGACGAGCUCCUCGAGGCUUACAAGACCCAGGGCAUCGACGCCAAGGAUUACUACUGGUACACUGACCAGCGCAAGUACGUAUUCGAAGAGAUCAUGUCGUGA